CAGGUGAUUGGUUAAAAUGGAUCCGUCAAUACCCGCGACGUGCUCGUACAGACCAAUCAUAGGCCGGAAGGGGCAGGACCUCCCACGCAGAGGCUAGAUUGAGCGGAGAAACUAACGUUGUAAGGUGUCCCAAAGCCCUAGGGGCUGAGAUCCUCGGUCCCGCGCCCCGGGCGCCACGUCGUCCUCCUCUUCGGGUCCAGUCUGCGCCUUUCCCGCGACCCGACUUCGGGUCGCGCGUGUGUGGCCGCCAGCCCCGCGCCGAGGACAAGCCGGGUGACCGGGAAGGAAGCACGUGUUCGAGCGUUGUAGCGGCCGAGGGCGCGCCUGUCAUCCCCACGCCGCGCCCAGGUCCCGCGGGAGGUCCCCCGCGCGGCGUGCGGUGCGCGGAAGGCCCCGGGCGCCGCGGGCUCCGGGGCCCUCGGUGCCCCCAGCGACCUGGGCCUCUGAGGCCGGUGCUGCCCGGCGUCGCUCUUGGCCCAGUCCUCCUGUGCAGAGUGCGACUUCCCGGCUUCGCCCCUGGCCUGCGGAGGAGGAGACUCGGCGGCAUGUCACCCGCGCUGCCAGAGCUGACGCCUUCCGCAGGUGUGAAGAAAAGCCUGCAGGAUGAGAUUGAAGCCAUUCUGCGGGAGAGGAUCAUGGUGCUGGAUGGAGGGAUGGGGACCAUGAUCCAGCGACAUAAGCUAAGUGAAGAAGACUUCCGAGGUCACGAAUUUCAAGAUCACGCCAGGCCGCUGAAAGGCAACAAUGACAUUUUAAGUAUAACGCAACCCAAUGUCAUUUACCAAAUCCAUAAGGAUUACUUGCUGGCUGGGGCAGAUAUCAUCGAAACAAACACUUUUAGCAGCACUCACAUUGCCCAAGCAGACUAUGGCCUUGAACACUUGGCCUACCAGAUGAACAAGUGCUCUGCGGGGGUGGCCAGAAAGGCAGCCGAGGAGGUGUCUCUCCAGACAGGAAUUAAGAGGUUUGUGGCAGGAGCUCUGGGUCCAACUAAUAAGACACUGUCUGUGUCCCCGUCUGUGGAGAGACCAGAUUACAGGAACAUUACAUUUGAUGAGCUCGUUGAAGCAUACAAAGAGCAGGCCAAAGGGCUUCUGGAUGGUGGGGUUGAUAUCUUACUCAUUGAAACUAUUUUUGAUACUGCUAAUGCCAAGGCUGCCUUGUUUGCACUCCAAACACUUUUUGAAGAGGAGUAUCGCCCCCGGCCUAUCUUUAUUUCAGGGACAAUUAUUGAUAAAAGUGGGCGAACUCUUUCCGGACAGACAGGAGAGGCAUUUGUCAUCAGUGUGUCUCACGCAGACCCGCUCUGCAUUGGAUUAAACUGUGCUCUGGGUGCAGCUGAAAUGAGACCUUUUAUUGAAACAAUUGGAAAAUGUACAACAGCCUAUGUACUCUGUUAUCCCAAUGCAGGUCUUCCCAACACAUUUGGUGACUACGAUGAAACUCCACAUAUGAUGGCCACGCAACUAAAGGCCUUUGCUGUGGAUGGCUUGGUCAAUAUAGUGGGUGGUUGCUGUGGUACGACACCAGAUCAUAUCAGGGAGAUUGCUAAAGCUGUGGAAAACUGUAAGCCUAGAGUUCCACCUGCCACUGUUUUUGAAGAGCAUAUGUUACUAUCUGGUCUAGAGCCCUUCAGGAUCGGACCGUACACCAACUUUGUUAACAUUGGAGAGCGCUGUAACGUGGCAGGAUCCAGGAAGUUUGCUAAACUCAUCAUGGCAGGAAACUAUGAAGAAGCACUGAGUGUUGCCAAAAUGCAGGUGGAAAUGGGAGCGCAGGUGUUGGAUAUCAACAUGGAUGAUGGCAUGCUGGAUGGUCCGAGUGCAAUGACCAGAUUUUGCAACUUCAUUGCUUCCGAGCCCGACAUCGCCAAGGUGCCCUUGUGCAUCGACUCUUCCAAUUUUGCUGUGAUUGAAGCCGGCUUGAAGUGCUGCCAGGGCAAGUGCAUUGUCAACAGCAUUAGCCUGAAGGAGGGAGAGGAUGACUUCUUGGCGAAGGCUAGAAAGAUUAAGAAGUUUGGAGCUGCUGCGGUGGUCAUGGCUUUUGAUGAAGAAGGGCAGGCGACAGAAACAGACACCAAAAUCAGAGUGUGCAUGCAGGCCUACCAUCUACUUGUGAAAAAACUGGGCUUUAAUCCAAAUGACAUUAUCUUUGACCCUAACAUCCUCACCAUUGGUACCGGGAUGGAAGAGCACAACUUGUAUGCUGUUAAUUUUAUCCAGGCAACAAAAAUCAUUAAAGAAACCCUACCUGGAGCCCGAGUAAGUGGAGGUCUUUCCAACUUGUCCUUCUCCUUCCGCGGAAUGGAAGCCAUUCGAGAAGCAAUGCAUGGGGUUUUCCUUUACCACGCAAUCAAGUUUGGUAUGGACAUGGGGAUAGUGAAUGCGGGAAGCCUCCCCGUAUAUGAUGAUAUCCACAAGGAGCUUCUCCAGCUCUGUGAAGAUCUCAUCUGGAAUAAAGACCCUGAAGCCACUGAGAAGCUCCUGCGCUAUGCUCAGACUCAUGGCAAAGGAGGGAAGAAAGUCAUCCAGACUGAUGAGUGGAGGAAUGGCCCCAUCGAAGAACGCCUGGAGUACGCCCUCGUGAAGGGUAUUGAAAAAUAUAUUAUUGAGGACACUGAGGAAGCCAGGUUAAACCAGGAAAAAUAUCCCCGGCCUCUGAAUAUAAUCGAAGGGCCUCUGAUGAACGGCAUGAAAGUUGUUGGUGACCUUUUUGGAGCUGGAAAAAUGUUUCUACCUCAGGUUAUAAAGUCAGCUCGAGUCAUGAAGAAGGCUGUUGGCCACCUUAUUCCCUUCAUGGAAAAAGAAAGAGAAGAAAAUAAAAUGCAUGCUGGCAUAGAAGAAGAAGAGGAUCCUUACCAGGGCACCAUUGUGUUGGCUACCGUGAAGGGCGACGUGCACGACAUAGGCAAGAACAUAGUUGGCGUGGUCCUUGGCUGCAAUAAUUUCAGAGUUAUUGAUUUAGGAGUCAUGACUCCCUGUGACAAGAUCCUGAAAGCUGCUCUUGACCAUAAAGCAGAUAUAAUUGGCCUAUCAGGACUCAUCACUCCUUCCCUGGAUGAAAUGAUUUUUGUUGCCAAAGAAAUGGAGAGAUUGGCUAUAAAGAUUCCACUGUUGAUUGGAGGAGCAACCACAUCCAGAACCCACACGGCGGUUAAAAUAGCUCCAAGAUACAGCGCGCCUGUAAUCCACGUCCUGGACGCAUCUAAGAGCGUGGUGGUGUGCUCGCAACUAUUAGAUGAGAAUCUAAAGGAUGAAUAUUUUGAGGAGAUCAUGGAAGAAUAUGAAGAUAUUAGACAGGACCAUUAUGAGUCUCUCAAGGAGAGAAGAUACUUAACCUUAAGUCAAGCUAGAAAAAACGGUUUCCGUAUUGACUGGCUGUCGGAGCCCCCUCCAGUGAAGCCCACGUUUCUUGGGACUCGGGUCUUCGAAGACUAUGACCUGAGGAAGCUGGUGGCCUACAUCGACUGGAAGCCCUUCUUCGAUGUCUGGCAGCUCCGGGGCAAGUACCCGAAUCGAAGCUUUCCCAAGAUAUUUAAGGACAAAACUGUAGGUGAAGAGGCCAAAAAGGUCUAUGAUGAUGCCCAGGACAUGCUGGAAGUGCUGAUCAGUGAGAAGAAGCUCCAAGCCAGGGGCGUGGUGGGGUUCUGGCCGGCGCAGAGCGUGGAAGACGACAUCCACCUGUACGCAGAGGACGCAGCGCCACAGGCCGCGGAGCCCAUAGCCACCUUCCACGGGCUAAGGCAGCAGGCCGAGAAGGACCCUGCCAGCGCGGACCCGUACCAGUGCCUCUCGGACUUCAUUGCUCCGCUGCAUUCCGGCGUCCGCGACUACCUGGGUCUGUUUGCCGUCGCCUGCUUCGGGGUGGAGGAGCUGAGCAAGGCCUAUGAGCAGGAGUGUGACGACUAUAGCAGCAUCAUGGUCAAGGCUCUGGGAGACCGACUGGCUGAGGCCUUUGCGGAGGAGCUCCACGAGCGGGUCCGCAGGGAGCUGUGGGCCUACUGCAGGUGCGAAGAGCUGGACGUCGCCGACCUGCGGCGGCUGCGCUACGAGGGCAUCCGGCCGGCGCCCGGCUACCCCAGCCAACCUGACCACAGCGAGAAGCUCACCAUGUGGAAGCUCGCCGACGUGGAGCGGUGCACGGGCAUUAGGUUAACGGAAUCCCUAGCAAUGGCACCUGCUUCAGCAGUAUCCGGCCUUUACUUCUCCAAUUUGAAGUCCAAAUACUUUGCAGUGGGGAAAAUUUCCAAGGAUCAGAUUGAGGAUUAUGCUCUUCGGAAGAACAUGUCUGUGGCUGAGGUUGAGAAAUGGCUGGGACCCAUUUUGGGAUACGACACAGAGUAACUUGUUUAUUUAUUUACUUUUUAAAUCCUUUUCUCUGCUUGAGGAUCCUCAAGGAAAUAGAGUCCAGAGUGCCUUUAAAAUGAACAGCAGUAGUAGCAACGUAAAAGCCCGGCCGCCUCACUCUGCUCCAGGCUUCGGAAGACUGUUUGGUGGAACCUUGUAGAGGAGCAGGGCCUUCCUGUGUCCUUGGGAAGCAAGCGGCUCCUUUCCGGGGGACCUUGAACGAAGAGCAGCAAGCACAGCUCUGGUGGUUUUCCUGGUCCCCGCGGACGGGACAAGCUGGAGUUAGAGGUCUUUUGCCUUUCAAAGCAAGUCAGCUUGCUUUUUUUUUUUUCAUUUUUACCUUGCGUCUAGGAGGCCACUUAUUAUUAUUUUUUUUUCUCUUGCUCUCUUAGAAAAAGGCCCGAGACUUAACUGAGUAGAGAAAUGUAUAGAAAAACGUGACCCCGUGGCAAAAUCACCCUGUGCGAAAUGGGGCAUUUUAAUCUAAAACGGUUGCAACAGCACUCUGACAGGGAAGAAAGUACAACUCUGCUCUCCCUCUGGAAGACCUCGUUUUCAUUUUCUGAAGUCCUGAUUACAUGGGUGCGGAAGUCCCUUUGGCAGAAGGUCCUCUCUCACCGCUGACUGCUUAGAAAUGCUCAGGCUGUUUGCCCUAGGGUGGUCAGACACAGGGGUGUUCUCUUAGCAUUUAUGUCCUCUUCUAGUUUCAUAUUCUCUGCCCUGAGGGCGAAGAAGGAGGUGGGGUGAGGAAGUGGCUGCUCAGGGUAGUUAGCAUCUUGUCGCUGUUUUCUGGAGUUGAGCAGGCUCUUGGCUGAGCCGCGGUGUCCUGUGCAGGGUUGGACCGACGAGCAGCGAGAUUGCACUCAAUUCCCCCAUUUCUGUGCCGACCCGACUGUGGACUCCUGCAGUGUAGGACAGCACAUUGACGUGUUCUCAGUUAUUUUGGGGGAAAUGGCUAAGAACAUGGACUUCGACGUCAGACAUACCUGGAUUCACAUUUCACCUUUGCCGCUGGCUGUGCAACGCGGGCAAAUUACUUCCAUUCUCCAACACUGUCUUCUCAUCUGUACAGUGGGGACACCAGUUCCUCUGUCAUGGGCCUGAGGGGUGGAUAAAUGAGGUGACACACGUAGGGCACGGAGCAGGGCAUCUGACACACAGUAGCUUCUGUAGAGCUCAGUGAGUAGUGCCUCCAGCUCAGCACACGGUUAGUCUUCCUGGGAAGGGAAUAGAUUAACAGGUGAAAAGAUACCAGGGGAUCGCAGGUGAUAAAGACUGGACCGCCUGCACGAGGUGCCCUUUCUGCGAUUAGAGCCCCAUUUACACUAUGACUGGGACAGGGAAGCUGCCUUCAUGUCCCAUGAACCGUUAGGACUCAUGUUCUGUGUGACAGCCCUCUCCCUCGGCUCUUGUGAUUUAAGCCUUGCUUCCCAAAGCAGUUCUAGCAAAUGUACAUUCAUUCAAGUGCAUCAGAGGCGAAAGGAAAAAAUCUUCGGAGAAGGAGAACCCUCCACAUCUGCAGUGUACCCACGUGGACUUACAGAGGAACGGACCUUUCGGCCACCACUUGCCCUUGAAGCAAACACAGCCUUGUGCUUCUUGAGGUACAGUCGGUCUGUGCGUGAGUGAGAACGGGACUCAGUUUCCCGAGACACUUAGUCGGGAGACUUAUCUUCUGUUCUGUAACAGGUGUGUUAUUCUUGGUACCUUCUUCUGUGAGAAAGAGUAACCUCCUCCGAAUAUUUGACUGUGUUUCGUCAGAAUUAGAGUUGCUAAGAGUCUCCUGAUUUCGUUAAGUAUUUUCCAUCUCUUCCCUCAGCUGGUUAUGUGACAGAAUGGCUUCCUUAAAUGUACUGUUCAUCUCAUCCCACGAGGGAUGCCUUUUUUCCCAAAGACAGAAACAGUUCAUGGAAGUUCGAGCCCCUAUAUAUUCAUGGAAGAAUAUAAAGUGCCAGUUGAAGCCCCCUCCCUUGUUUAUGUCAUACACUUGGAAGGCAGGUAGGUGGCCGUUCUGAAUGCGGGGUCCCUUCUGUGUCAGUGCCUGUCCAUGCAGAACCUCUUCUGGUCGUCACCGUCUGUGGCUGUCAUUCGAACCCACUCAUAGUCAUCAUUUUCACCGAAGAUCCCACAUUAUUUUUCCCUCUAAAGAGGCGCUUGUUUGGCAUCUUCCUCUCUCUGCUGCUUGCUCUGCUGUCCACACUGAGGAGUCUGGUUGGCGGGAUGGUGGGGAGAUUGGGUGUAUGACAACCCAUUUCUCCUUUGAGAUAUUCUCCUAUGUCCUCACUGCACUCACAGCUGAACUCAUGUAAGAAUAGUCCGCCUUCUUUCUGUUUCUCUCCGGCACGCCCUCAGCAGAUACUGACUGACUGCUGUGUGCCCCCCACCUGCUCCCCCUUUCUCUCUUGAACCCAGUGAGGUUAGGUUUUUACCUGCCUCUUCUGGCAUCAGUGACCCCUCAGAGGUUAGACCCAGUGGCCUUCCUGGAGAUUUGUCAUCUGUGUGGGCCUGGACAAUGCAGACCCACUUCUUCAAAACUCUCCUUUCCCUGCUUCCCCCUUGGCAUCACUCUCUGCUUAUCCUUCUGUGUUUCUGAUCAUUUCUCAGCCAUUUUCAUAGUUUUUUUUCCUUCCUCUGCCCAUUUAAAUCCUGGUGUCCUCAAGGGCCUGGCAUUAGUGACCUCCUUGGCAUGUGUAGUUCCAGUGGGUGAUCUCACUGAGUUAGUAUCCCCAUCUAAGCUCUGUCCUGAAGAGCACAGGGUACAUCCAACAGCCCCUUCCAGGCAGACAGACAGACACCUCAGUGUGUCUCGUCUCAUUCCUCUCCAAUCGUGAAAUUCAGUCAUGAAGAAUGGUGCCACCACUCCAACAUGAAACCUCACACUUAGCCUAUAUCAUCUUUGGCUUAGACUAUUGCAGGUAUCUGAAAAAGUCAGCACACGAAAGACACACUUAGCCUAUUUUAGUCAGGAUGGUGGCAGAGAUAUUUUGGGAAGGCAAUGCUUAGAUGAAGGCCUGACUUGGGAUGUGAGGGAUGAAGAUGAAGAAACAAGGUAGGAACAAGCUGUCUUUGUUCAUGAACAGGAGUAUGAAGGGUUGGAAAGGUAUCACAUCUUCCCGAAUUGAUCUA